GUUCUCCAGCAACCACCAUAGAAAGGCAUGCUGCCUCUGAUAAUGGAGCUUAUAUAUAGCCAUCAAACUGGAAGCCAUUGAUAGGUUUCAUCUUAUCUGCCUGGUUGUCUUGCAAGUGUUAGAUAAGAGGCUGAAAAGGCUUCUUGUCAGAAUCUGGAUGGCUCUUUUGAAAAGGUCUUUGGGGUUAUUCCUACCCCAAAUAAGUGGAGCAACAAUUCAUCGAAAUUUCAGUGUCAGCGGGGCGCCCUGUGCAAUACAGAAGAUGACAAGUGUGCGAGUGGUAGAUAACAGUGCCUUGGGAAACACCCCCUAUCACCGUCCCCCGAAAUGUAUCCACGUGUACAACAAAAGUGGUGUGGGCAAAGUAGGUGACAAAAUUCUUCUGGCUAUAAAAGGAGAAAAGAGGAAGGCCUUAAUCGUUGGCCACAAGAUGCCUGGUCCUUGCAUGACUCCCAGGUUUGAUUCAAACAACGUGGUGCUCAUUGAAGAUAAUGGGAACCCCAUAGGGACAAGGAUUAAAACCCCAAUACCUUCUCUGCUGAGGAAGCGGCAAGAAUUCUCAAAAGUGUUAGCCAUUGCCCAGAACUUUGUGUGACAAGCAAGAGAAAGUCCUGCAGGAUUCUUCAGAGUAGUACCUUUUCUCCUGCUGAUAUCUGAAGAAAAAUACUUUACAAAAAUAGUCUUUGUACCUUCAUGUGAAUUGGAUACCUCUUUUUGUGAUUUUGUUUUGAAGAACUUCUUGUUGCUCUUUCUGUAAAAAUUAUUCUGACUGUAUCAUUAAAGCUCAGAGUGUUGAUCCACCA